AGCGUGGGCGGCCCCGUGUGGCAGGAGGAGAGCGAAACACGACACCCAUCAGAAGAAGGGGGGUUGAGAGAACACGAAGUGAGUGCAGUGGAAAAGAAAAAGUCUGCCGAGGAAAGAGAGGAGCUGCGAGAGAACAGAGUUGGCGCUGGGUGUUUGUUUUCGUCCCUUUCUGAAGCUGUUCAGACCGUCGGUGAGGAUGAUGACGCGGAGAAGGAAUCGACCAUGCGACAUCGUUUCAACAAACGGGGUGAACAUUUAGACUCGUUGCAUUCCGCUACUUCAGUACGAUCAACGGCAGCACGACUCCUCCAAACUUCGACCUGCGCCAUUCAGACCCGGGCGACUGGACCCCCCCCCCUCCCACCCCCAACACGCACACACCCGGAGGCUCGGGCAACUUUUUGGCAUCAGACGCUGCGUGAAAAUAUUCCGGCACAAAACUUUUUUCAUCAGACGCUGAUGGGUCGAGAUAAAACGCAGAAGUGCUUGUGAAGUUCGCUGCUUUUUAUUUUAUAACUUUAAACCGAGUAACAUUAUCCGGGCAGGUUGUUUUCUAACGAGCGUACUUGUGUGAACAACACCGGAGGAAGGAGUGGGGUGUCAUUGCUAACUCUGCUAGCUAACUCGGCUAAACGCUAGCCAACUGACGUCUAAAAGUUCCAAGUCAGCGGGGAAAGUGCCCGAAGCAGCGCCCGAAGACCACCGCGGAGAUGAAAACCCCGGCGGACCCCGGGUUUGCCUUUCCGGAUUGGGCCUACAAGCCCGAGUCGAGCCCGGGCUCCAGACAGAUCCAGCUGUGGCACUUCAUCCUGGAGCUGCUGAGGAAAGAGGAGUACCACGAUGUCAUCGCGUGGCAGGGAGACUACGGGGAGUUUGUCAUCAAGGACCCCGAUGAGGUGGCCCGCCUGUGGGGAGCCCGGAAGUGUAAACCGCAGAUGAACUACGACAAGCUCAGCCGAGCUCUCAGAUACUACUACAACAAGAGGAUCCUCCACAAGACCAAAGGGAAGAGGUUCACCUACAAGUUCAACUUCAACAAACUAGUGCUGGUCAACUACCCCUUCAUCGACAUGGGCUCCGGUCGCGUCCCUCAGAGUGCCCCCCCGGUGCCAACCGGCGGCAGCCACUUCCGCUUCCCCCCCUCCACGCCGUCGGAUGUCCUGUCCUCCACUGAGGAGCUGCGCAGCCCGGGCAUGUUCAGCAGUGUGGCGCGGCGCAUGGCCCGCGGCUCCGUGAGCGACUGCAGCGACGGCACCUCCACCAACUCUGAGCUGGAGGAGGCCGUGGGGGCCGAUGAGCGCGGCGCGGGGCCCGACCGGGCCUACAGGGGCUUGCUCCCUCCGCGUCUGACGCACGACUCCCUCUUCAGGAUCUACCCCAACGCGGGGCUGGGCAGACACGGCCCCAGGCACCACCCGGAGUCUCUGUCUCCAUUCCCCGUCUCCCCGCUGCCCGGCCCCGGGGGUCUUCUGGGCCCCACUCUGUCUCCGGCCCUGUCCAUGACCCCCACCCCGCACAUGUCCUACACACCCUCUCCCUCUAUGUCCUCCCCCAUGCUGGGUUCCCAUUUCUCCUUCAACCCGGAGGACAUGAAGCACUACUUGCAGGCCCACACCCAGUCAGUCUACAACUACCACCUCAGCCCCCGGGCCUUCUUCCACUACCCCAACAUCAUCAUCCCUCAGCCCCACCGCCCCACCCUCGAGAAGCCGGCCGCCCAUCACCUCCACGGCCCGCCCAUGCCGCUCUCUCAUUCGCUCGGCCACCAGCAAGGAGGCGGGGAGGACGGGCCGCUGCACCCGUCACCGUUCAAGUUCAAGCUGCAGCCGCCGCCGCUCGGGCGCAAGCAGAGGGAUUCUGGGAGCUCAUUGGCUUCUGCCUCCUCCUCAAGCCAGUCCUCCUCAUACACAGGGUCUAGUCAGAUAAUCAGCUCUGCUGGUCCCCCUAAGAUCAAGGUGGAGCCCAUAUCUGACAUUGAGUCAGAGGAAGAGGUGGAGGUGACUGACAUCAGUGAGGAAGAUGAGCUCAAUCAGAACGACCGGGAUGACGAAGGCAACAUCUUCAGCCCAUCAGCUCGCCACUAUCACCAUCUGCUCAACAACCAUCUCCAAGGCAACGGGAGCGGGAGCAGCCUCUCCGCCCCGCCCCACGGUAACCCUGACGAUGAGCUGGACGACGACGAGGAGGUCUUCAAGACCCCCGCCACCCCUACCGUCGGCCCGGCCCUCCUCUUCCCCCCAGUCAACCUGAAGAGCGAGCCGGGUCAGGUGGCUCCCAUCAGCCCCGGGGGCACGCUCUGCAUCCCGCUCAAACUGCGAUUCAAGCGCCGCUGGAGCGAGGACCAAAAGAUGGAGGCGGACGGCGAGCGGGAAGAGGCGGAGGACAAGAAAGUCAGGGCUGAGGGAGAGGAGCGUCAGGGGAGGAAAGAGGUGGCCACCGGGGGAGGAGGAGCGGGGGGGGUCAUUUUGGGCUUGAUGCUGCCGCCGCCCCCCACCCAGCGCAGAGCGAGCUCUGAGCUACAGAGGGCCACGGCACAGCUGUCUCUGGAGAACACUGGCUGCUGAGCAUCACAUGCGCACAGACAGACACACACACACACACACACAUUCUGCUUGGAAACACAGCGUACACCGCUCGGAGUAACGUCUUUAGCCCAUAAUGUAAGCACACUUAAUGUCAGAACAUGUGCAUGUUUCAUAUGUAGGAAAUAAUAUUUUCUGAGCAUCAUUAAAAGGAGCAGGGCAUUUUACACUGACCACACAGGCUCCUCAAAUGACUCCGCAGGACACCAAAUUCCCCCCUCCACCCCCACACCUCACAGGUCCACAAUGUAGCGCAGAACCAUUAUCCCCUCUCCCACACCAUUUAGUUUUCCAUGCAUUGGUCCUGUCAGCACGCCGCCGUGAGGCAUCCGAGCCGGCGUAGAAGCAGGCGAACGUGGAUGUUCCUCCGAUGUUCCUCGGAUGUUCUGCAAGGCUCGGCCCAAUAGGCCCAUCAAACGCCAACUCAGCAGUAUUUCUCCUGUGACCGACAACUAAUCGUUUCCAUGAAAACGCCUCAGAGUCCCAGUUUAAGUCACCUCGCAUCCUACCUGUGCUCUCCAAACAUUUCUGCUCAGCAGUAACAGAUCCUGAUGUUUCUCAAAGAAAAACACACUUUUGAUGGAGAGUGGAGAAGUACCCGCUCAAUCUGCAGCCGCUUACAGGACAGAGGGUGGAGAGGGUGGAGAAAACGUGGACAAAGAACUCUGAACUCUCCCCGGUGGAAGAGGGUGAAUAGAAGGUGCUCUCCCCACCACCAGGAAACCACUGGGACACUAAGCGAUCAUUCACUACAGUGUACAAAGUCCCCCCCCCCCCCCCCCAUUCCAUUUAUUUAGUUUUACUUAAGUAUUCUUUGUGUGUGCCUCACUGACACAGGACAGUAUUUUAGGGCAUUUGCAGUGAUCUGAGGACUCGUUCGGAGCCAACCAGUUUACCCCCAGGGGGAGAGCUUGCCCCCCCCCCCCCCCCACAUCGAGAUAAACUCAGGCCAACUGUCGCUGAGACACUUUUUAGGUGUUUUACUCCAAGUGGAAAAAGAACUGAGCGAACAAUUCCAAAUAAGAUUGUGCCUUUUUACGAGCCAACAAGCGUUUGUCCCGUUUCCCCCCCCCCCCCCCCCCCAUGUUCUAACACACACGCACACACACAGCACCACCAUGCCUUCUGUUUUUUGUAUACAGAAAAAGUAAAACUACACAUAUAUAUUUUAUUCAAAUAUAUAUAUAUUGAAUUCAAAUAUUAUAUUUCAAUAUGGUCAUUUGAUACCAAUCAGGAAAGUCCUAUUUUUAAUGUUAAAGAUAUGUAUAUAUUCCAGCGCGCAUAUUAUUUCCAGCAUCAUUCAGCCUUUGCCUUCUCACCCUUGCCUUCUCUUGAGCUGCAGCGCCGAGAGUUUUAUAUUUAUAUUGUACUGU